AUGAAUCUGAAAUCAGUCAAAUUAAAAAAAAUAUUAGAAGAUUUAACUAAUGAUGAAUCUGAAAUUAGACAGAUUAAAAAAAGUGUGGAUGAUUUAACUAGUGAUAACUCUGAAAUUAGUCAAAUUAAAAAAG